UAAAAUUCACGUUAGACAAACAUGGCUCUAUCACCUAAGUUUUUCCCCAACGAUCUAGUUAGCGAGAUCUUAUCCGCUCUUCCCGUGAAAUCUAUUCUGCGAUUCAGAUGCGUUAGCAAGUAUUACGAUAAUCUCGUUUCCGAUCCCAAUUUUGUAAAACUUCAUCUCAAGAGAUCAGCAGCACGAAAUCCGCAAUUCAUACUACAGGCCGAUCACUACCUACAUAUCCCAGGUGAGUCCCCCUAUGGCAGUGACGAUGAAUAUGACGUUGAUGAAGCUUUCAUUCCCUAUUCUUUAUGCAGUUUAAUCGAUAAUCCCUCUUUUGCCCUUGAAAUUGAUCCUUAUUACUUGGUGAAAAACUUCAAUUACCGUUUAAUUGGUUCGUGCAAUGGAUUGAUAUGUUUAGAGGGUAACUCCAUCACCCCCGAGUAUUAUGAGUGUUGGUUUCGAUUAUGGAACCCAGCCACCAAGACAACGUCUCCAAAAUUCGGAUUCUUACGCUUAUUUCUCAAUACUCUCGCUGAUGAUGGCUAUUACCAAUUCAACUCCGGUUUUGAUGAUUCUACAGGAACUUAUAAGGUAGUGGCCUCACGUUAUAGUAAACGUGAACUAAAAAGUAAUGUCAGAAUUCUAACUUUUCGUGAUUCUGUUUGGAGAGAUAUUGGAAGUUUUCCUGUUGAUCCUUUGAAUUUGGACUUAAUUUCGGGAUCUGGUGUGUAUCUCAAAAGCACUAUUAACUGGUUUGCUAUUCAAAAUAAUCUUCGGUAUAAUUAUAAGGAUAUUACCGCUGAACAAUGUUUUAUCACUUCGCUUGAUUUGAGAACGGAGACUUGCAAUAAGUAUUUAUUGCCUCGUGAUUUCAAAGAGGUUCCUCCUUCAGAGCCAACUGUUAGGGUGUUAGGGGGUUAUCUUUGUUUUUCUUAUCAUAACGAGGAACCUUAUUUUGUUAUAUGGAAGAUGGAAAAAUUUGGAGCCGAAGAUUCUUGGGCUCAAUUCUUUAAAAUUAGUUAUCACAAUCUUCAAAUCGAUUAUGACUUUAGUGACAAGUAUCUAAAAUAUUAUUAUCAAUGGAAGCCGUUAUUCCUUUCUAAAGACGGUGAUUCAUUGAUAAUAACAAGCGGUAUAAAAUCUGAAGAGAUUAUUUAUAGUUGGAGAGAUAAUAGAGUGGAGCAAAUAGAAAUUGAUGCAAGUAGAACAGUUAAUGAUGAUACAACUAUGUACAAUGCCAGUUGCACAGACGAGGACUAUUUUGAAAGCUUAGUUUCAGUUUUAUGAAAAGAAUUAGAAGGACUGCCAACAACUAAGACAAUGUGGAAAUUAAAAAGCUUAGAAGAAGAGCAGCUAAGGCAGGGUCUGCCUAAGGAGGAUGGAUUCAAAGGAAUAUGAUUUGAAUUAGUUAGGAUUUUAAAAUUAAAUUACUACAUUGCAAUGUUUAUUACUUUUUUGUUUCUGUUUAAACCUUGGUGAGAAAAACGCAUAACUCUUAUUGACUUGUACCAUUUGAAGAAGGAAUCCUAUAUUAUUAUCCUCAUUAAUUAAAAUGUCAUUAAUGUCAUUUUGUAUCUAUCAGCUA